GUGCGGUGAGUGCGCGCGCGCGCGCGUGUCGCCAGAGGGACACCCCGGAACAGGAGGAGACCAGUUCCAGCUCCAGAACCUCCUCCUCCUGGACAACACCAGCCCGGACUGGUUCAGAACUUUUCCUUGUUUUCCGGUUCGGAGGAGAUUCGGCCUGGAUGCUUGAGCGGCUGUUGGCUGAAGUUUCCGUCCCGUUAGCGCAGGUCCGGCCCGGACAUGCUCUGAGAGCGGUACCGCCGAACUGCCUGGACCGUGCUUCAUCUGGACUUAAUGUUCUGAGAACUGGAUCAGAACCCGGAUCGAGCCCAGUUUGCUGUAAAAGUCUUUACAAUGAGGGGGGUUGUUUGUUUGGGGUUGGUUCUGGUCCAUCUGCUCAGCUGGACCGGAGCCGACAAACAGAACCGCGUGAAGCUGCGGGAGACCUACAAAGAGCGCGCGGGGCGCCUCCGAGCGGGGUUCGGUUCGGCCAGCAGCUACAAAGUGGGAGUGCAGGCUGAGGAGGGGGUUUCGGGUCGGCCCGGGUCCAGGAGACUAGGGGAUGAAGGUGCGUCACCAUGGAGAGGGGGGUCCGGGCGGCUGCAGGAUGAGGGCACCCCAGGGUCCAGGGCCAAGAUCUCCAGCAGCACCGGGUCACCCAAUCUGUUGGCCAGCUUCGCAGGGAAGAACCGGGUCCUGGUGAUCUCUGCGCCUCACGAAUCCGACGGCUACUUCCGGAUGAUGAUGUCACUCCUGAAGCCAGACGUCUACUGCGAGCUGGCAGAGAGACACGUCCACCAGAUCAUCAUGUUCCACCAGGAGGGGGAGCUGGGGGGCAAGGUGAGACGGGUCAGCACGGACGGGAGGGUUCUGGAGGAGCCGCUGGACACCACGCUCAUCCCCAGGCUCAUGAGCUUCCUCAAGCUGGACAAAGGUAAAUUUGGGAUGGCGCUGCUGAAGAAGACCCUGCAGGUGGAGGAGAAGUACCCCUACCCCGUCAGGCUGGAGGCCAUGUAUGAGGUCAUAGAUCAGUCCCCCAUCAGGAAGCUGGAGAAGGUCCGCCAGAAGGGAUUUGUCCAGAAGUGUAAAGCAGCAGGUGUAGAGGGGCAGGUGGAGGAGGGCACUCUUCCAGCUCCUGACCCACCUCCAGAGAGAAAACCAUUGAAGAAGACCUCGAGAAAGCCCACACAGACCAUAACAACUUCCACAACCACCACAACAACAACCAGAGCAACUACAACCGCCAAACCCACAACUACGUCUACCAGGAGACUCACUACCACCACCCAAACAGUGACCCAAGCCCAGACCACAGCAAUGUGGCUCCCUGCGCCCAGAACCACCGCUGAUCCUUAUUACACCUUACACCCUAACAACCACAGGGAGAGGUUCCCGCCUAAAACCACCCCAGCUGGAAACAACCGCACGGACAAGGACAACAGAUAUCCUCCGAGCCGCAAACUGGUGCCUUUCACCCACAAGCCUCCCAAAAUCAAGCCCACCAACAAGAAGAACAGAGGAGAAAAGAUGUUUGUGGAAACGUAUGAGCCCAGUGUUCCAACUGAGAAGGACUUAGAGAAGAUGGAGACCGUCACCAAUAUCAGGCCUACCAAGAGGGUUAAGAGUAAGCAUGAGAAGAAAAAGAGUGAAGACCCUUUAAAGAAAGGCGACAGAAAAGGAAAACCUAGUAAGGAGGGAAAAAACAGAGGAAAGAAAAAUGGGAAAAAGCUUCCUAAAUACCCAGAGAAUCAGGACUACCCAAAACCCACCAAGAGGCCAGCUGUCCUGCCAAAGAACUCCCUGCCAGAUUUCCUGGACUACUUUGAGAACAAGAGGCGACUGUUGCUAAUUACAUCCCUCACUGAGGACAACACCAUGUACGUCCAGCAGAAGGAUGAGUAUCUGGAAUCAGUGUGUGAGAUGGCCAUAAGGAAGGUUUCUAUCAUCACCAUCUUUGGCUCCUUGACCAACUCCACCAUGAAGAUCGAUCACUACCAGAUCGAGAACGACAAACCUAUGAAGGGUCUUCGUCAGGAAGACCUGAUGAACCAAGACCUGAUCAUGGAUCUGAGAAAACGGUUUGGGAUGACCUACGAGGAGUUCUACAUGGUCCUGACAGACAUCGACAUGAGAGUCAAGCAAUCUUAUGAGGUUCCCAUCGCCAUGAAGGCAGUGUUUGACUACAUCGACACUUUCUCCUCUCGCAUCCAAGAGAUGGAGCAGCAGAAGAGGGAUGGGAUUGUGUGUAAGAAAGAGGACAAGCCCCGGUCACUGGAAAACUUCUUGUCUAGGUUUCGAUGGAGACGUCGCCUGUUUAUUAUCUCUGCCCCCAGUGAUGAGGAGUGGUCCUACCAACAGCAGCUCUACGCUCUGACCAGCCAGGCAUGUAAUCUGGGUCUGAGGCACAUCGCCAUUCUGAAGCUGGUCGGUACGGAGCUACCAGAUAUAGGCGGAGUCCUGGAGCUGUAUCCAAUCAAUGGUACUGCUACUGUGGAGCGCGAGGGCCUCUCAGCCACCCUGGUGAAGGACAUGAGGAACUACUUUCAAAUCAGCCCAGAGUACUUCUCCAUGCUGUUGGUUGGGAAGGACGGGAAUGUGAAGUCCUGGUACCCUUCGCCCAUGUGGUCCAUGGCCAAUAUCUAUGACCUGGUGGAUUCCAUGCAGCUUCGCAGACAGGAAAUGGCCAUCCAGCAGUCCCUGGGCAUGCGCUGCCCUGAGGACGAGUACGGGGGUUAUGGCUACCACCAGCAUGGCUACGAACAUGGUUACCAGGAUGGGUAUCAUCAGGGUUACUGACUUUGAAACAAUGAUGGGUUGGUACAGAUGGAACAAGCACACUUUUAAAGACUUACUUUAAAGAAGAGUUGGUCCUUGAACAAAACCGCCUAGGUCAAAAUUGUAAUGAGACAUUUUCACGACAAACAUUUAAUUUUGAAAUGGCUAAGUUAGACAUAUUCAUUGGAAAUGCCUUUAAAAUACAAUUAUCAGUUAUUUUAGCAGCCAUGUUGUCUCAUUUGUACGGCUCUAGAAUGUUCUUAUUUCUACUUCAUCGAGAAGAGUAUGGGGCAAACCUAGAGACUGCAGUGUCAAGCCGAUGGCAGAUUCGCACUUCUAUUGUUUUUGAGGCCGCGCCGCCCUCUGUCUCACAGCAUCCAAGAUGGAGGACGAUCGGAGAGUAUGUGAUGAAUGGGAAGCACGUUAUUUGUUCAAUGGUGUCAAAGUAUCUUUUCUACCGAACUUUCAAAACUAAAUUUAAUAGUUGAGUUAAGUUUGACAAAAAAUGAACGUUGUCUUGUGGUUAGUUUAGAGUUGAGGCUAUUUACCACCACAUGUAGGCUAAGCUAAAGAAAGGAGCACUGUUCAAAUAGGAGGAAAUGCUGUUCAUGUAAAUAUACACUGAAUGUGUUUGCUGCAGAACGUUAUACACUGAACAAAAAUAUAAACACAACACUUUUGUUUUCGCUCCCAUUUGUAAUGAGCUGAACUCAGACAUCUGAAAAUUUGUCUACUAACACAAAACAUCCAUGACUCUCAAAUAGUGUUCUGAAAUCCGUCUAGAUGUGUGUUAGUGAGCGCUUUUCCUUUACCAAGAUAAUCCAUCCCACCUCACAGGUGUGGCACAUCAAGAGGCUGAUUAAACAGCAUGAAUAAUUUACAGGUGUGCCUUAGACUGCCCACAAUAAAAGGACACCCUGAAAUGUGCAGGUUGAUCAAACAGCACAAUGCCACAGAUGUCCCAGGCUUUGAGGGAGCAUGCGAUUGGCAUGCUGACUGCAGGAAUGACUACCAGAGCUAUUGCUCGUGAAAUGAAUGUUCAUUUCUCAAAGGAGUUUCAGAGAAUUUGGCAGAUUUCAGGACAAUAUUUGAAAGUCAUGGGUCUUUUGUGUAUGUAGACAUGUUUUCAGAUGUUUGAGUUCAGCUCAUGAAAAAUGGGAGUAAAAACAAAAGUGUUGCAUUUAUAUUUUUGUUCAGUGUAGUUCAACAUACACACACACGAACGCAUGCACGCACGCACUCACACACACACACACACACACACACACACACACACACACACACACACACACACACACACACACAAACAGUCCUCUAGAGCAGUGUUUUCCCACCUUUUUUGACUCGUGGACACCCUGAGUCGUUUUCUCGUACCACGAGUACCCCCGUAGUCAAACAUAUACGAUUCCCCAAAAGUAGAACGCACAACUGAUUAUUAAAUGAAAAUAAUUUCACUAAACAUCCUUAACACUGAACCACGUCUAACUUCUCAGGUGAAUUCUUUAUCUUUAACAAUCCUCAUGCAGGGUCCAGAAAAAAUAGAUUCCAUGUGGAAACAUUUAUGAGCUCUACAUCCGGGUACGCACCACAGUUGGUGUAAAGGCUCUCAUUGGACUCAAUGUUUUCUGAUCCAUGUGGAACUGGAUCGUAUCCAUUCAUUUGGUGUGAAUAAGGCUUCACGCCCUCUCUCAGUAGCAGCUGCAGCCCUGCUCUGGUUUGUAGGGAUGAGCGAGUACACUAUCUGUAUCUGUUCAACCAUCUAGAUUAUCUGUAUCUGUACUCGGAGUGGGCGUGGUUUAACUGGAAGUGGGUGGAUCUUCAAUCUGUACGUUAUUUUAAGUCUGACAUUGAUAAGGAUUGAUCAGAAGUUGCUUUAUGUGUUGUUUAUUUGAAAACUAUUUAUAGAGCAGCCUCAGAAUUGAGAUUUAAUGUUUUUGAUCACAGUAGUAAAGGAACUAUUACAGAACAAGUUUUUAAAUAAACUCAGAACAUGAA